AUGCUACCUCACUACUGUUACAACAACUACGGUUUCACUCGUUGCUUUUACUGUAUCGGCACUCUGUUACUUCUUAUUACGGCAACGAACACCUUUGACAUAUUUCAACCAGGAAAAAUAUUUUCGGACCCAAAUGGCAACUCAUGCCCAUCGCCGACGACUGAAUGUUCCAACUACUUUGGCUACUCGGUCGCGCUCUACGUUAGCCAAAAUAAUAAAGCUCUGAUAUUGGUUGGAGCACCGCGAACAGAUUUCCCACAUCAGAUCUACAAGCAUGAACAAAAUCUUAAGCCGGGAGCCGUCUAUCGCUGUCAGAUAAUCAAUGGCAUGUGUCAUAAAUGGGAUCUCAUUAGCACCAUAAAAAACAAGCUUCGUCAAAAUAGCAAAGUUUUUUGGCUCGGGACAACUGUGCUUGUGGAGAAUUCAAGCAAACCUACGAUUACGGCGUGCGCGUCGUUAUGGAAAACUAAACUAGAGGACAAGCCGAUUGGUACCGUCAGCGGAAUAUGCUUCUCCGUAAAGGAAACAGAAGAGUCGUUCGUAAAUUACGAAUUAUUAAAUAAGGUGGAUCACCACUUUAUCAACUUAAGACUUCACAACAUGGGCGAAGCUGGAAUCUCUGCUCACAUCGUAGAGGCAAACCAUGAAACCCAUCGUUUGUUAAUUGGAACUCCAGGUGCAUUUGAUUCGAAAGCUCCGGUUUUCACGGUCAAGGGUAACCAUUCCAAGUACUCUACAUCAUCACACAACUUGAAUCCAUUCGAAAUUCCUGGUUCAAUGAAGAACCACGACUAUUUUGGUUAUUCAAUUACAUCUGGUUACUUUUACAAAAAGAACGAGCUUCUCUAUGCAUUUGGAGCUCCUCGAGCGAGCGCUUUAAAGGGCAGAGUUUACUUUUAUGAGAAGAAUCUUCAAGUGAUGAGGCUCGUCGUUGAAGGUGAGCAGUUUGGCGAGUACUUUGGUUCCAGUCUUACCGCUUGUGAUGUCAAUGGUGACGGAAGAGAUGACUUGAUCGUUGGUGCCCCUCAAUGGUCUCGCGAAACUGACGAGGGCCGUGUGUAUGCUUACGUCUCUAAGGGCGAGAAAGUAUCGUGGAAAAUUUUUGGGACAUUCAAGUCUCAGAGAUUUGAAAAAAAUUCUAUAGUCUCGAGUCAUGACAAUGGUCCUCGAGAUCCCGAGAAGAAACGAAAGGAAGACUUUGAAAAAAUUUUCGAAGCCGAGACUUUCCAGACGAGACAUGUUGUACUCAAACAGUUCAACUGGACUAUCUAUCGCAUCGAUGGCAAUCGGACAAAAGGGCGCUUCGGGACUUCGGUGGCCUGUCUGGGUGACAUUGAUCACGACGGCUUGAACGACAUAGCGAUAGGAGCACCCUACGAGCGGAACGAAAAAGGCGAGGGCCUAGGAGCUGUCCAUAUCUACAGUGGCAGUCGCGAUCGUGACCUGUUGCGGCAGCACAUGCAACACAUACCUGCCUCGGAAGUGUCGAACACGAGGUUGCUAGGAUUCGGGUUUUCUCUGAGCGACCCAGCCCGUGAUACAGAUGGCGACGGCGUCCCCGAUCUGGCCGUAGGCUCCCACAAAUCCGGGCAUGUGGUCCUCCUCAUAAGUAGACCCGUUUACAUGGUGAGCGUCGAGCUCCAGCACAAUAGAAGUUCGAGCAUAAUAUGGGACAAACAUUUUUUUGACUACUCCAUUUGUGCCAAGUACAAUGGAUCCAACGACACCUUCAAGGUGGUUGUAAGCGUGAUGAUGUACGAAAGUAACAGGCAAAGCCAGCACCAUCGAAACGUACUCAAAGGAAAUUUAUUCCACUCUGUACUUCUGAACCUGAAAAAAGGACUACUGGGGUGUGAGACUCGAUACUUGUACUCGAAAGACUUCGUAGACAACAUAACCAACCCGAUUGUACUCGAGGCAAAGCUGACGAGCGGGUUAGCUGAUAGGAAUGAGAUACAAAUUCAUCCAAAAUCAAAAAUUACCGACAUCAUGAAAAUUGCUUAUGCCCUUGACUGUGGCGAGGACAAUACGUGUAGUUCCGAUUUGAAAGUAAGCAUUACGAGUAGUCUCGUGGACGCUAACAACAGCUACGUUAUGGGCUCGGAGUCAAACGUAAACUUGACCAUUUUCGUGGAAAAUAUAGGAGAUCCCGCCUAUUUACCGGAAGUCUUCAUUGAAAUCGAAGAGCCGAUCACACCAAUUAAUCGCACUUGGUCUGCGGUAUGGAGGGAAUCGCACUGCGAAGAUAAAACUCCGGGAAUGAUUUGUGUAAUUGAUAGUCCUCUUCGAUAUAAUAUGACCAUACCUUUAGAGCUCAACAUGAGUGCAGUUCAAUAUACUGAUCUACAGUCGUUUGAAUCACAAUUCAAAGAAAUCCGAGUGAAGGUUUCCAGCCAAAGUGAGGAAAUCAAUCCUCGUGAUAAUGUUCAAUCAUUGAAAAUCAACUUCAAAGUUGAUGCAAACAUCAAUAUUGUCGGGAGGUUCCAAAACAACAAUUACUCGUUCAUGGAGAGUGAAGUGAUACAAACGCAUUCUAAAAAUCUUACUCUCCAUCACAUUUAUGACGUAUACAAAUUGGGUAUCACGCCGAUCCAUAAGGCUGCUAUUUUUGUCAGUAUUCCCGUACGGUUUCAAGACCUGGAGAUCGCAAGUAUAAACUACGUCCGGGUUUCCAUCCAAGAUCACAAAUAUAGUUGCACCAGCGAUGAGGAAUCAAAGAAUUAUUCUUCCGAUGAGAAACACAAAGUGGAUACAUUCGUUUCUCUCGAUGAAACGUUUUCUAUAAACUGCGCGAAUCCUAACGUAGAGUGUCAAAGACUUUGCUGUGACAUUGAUUCCUUUCUCGAAACGACGUCUGUUGCAGAAUUGAUUGUAACAAUAGAUUUUCGAAUAUCUGAGGACAUAGCUAAGGAAAAAAAUAUUAUAUUCGUCAGCCAAGCGUACGCCGAAAUUACUACGCCAAGUGUUCAGAUGGACUCCGAAAAUAAAAAUCGACGGAUCGUGCACGUAUCAUCACUAAUUUCUAGACAAAACGAUCAUUAUACAUUACCAAAAAUAUUUAUUAUUUUGCCAGUGUUACUUGGAAUAGUAUUAUUAUUGAUUAUAAUUUUGAUCCUGUACAAGGUAGGAUUUUUCAAGCGGAAUCGGGUGGAGGACUUGCGAGCUUUAAAACCAACAGAAGAACAGAAAAAUAAUGGAGAUAUCACUAGUGGGCGAACGGAAGAAGUCAAACCCACUAAGUUGAGGGUAUGA